CGGCGGCAGCAGCAGCGGCGGCCCGCCCCUCGCCUCUCCCUGCGGGGCGAGCGCCAGCCCGGGGACCCUCCGCGGCCGCCGCCUCGCCUCCCGCUCCUUCUCGUCUCCCCUCGUUCUUUCCUUCCUUCCUUCCUUCCCUCCCGCCUCGCACCCGGCCGGUGGGCGCCGCCGGCUCGCCCCGCCGAGAAGUCUGGGCGCCCCCCAGCCCUCGCUGCUGCUGCUCCCCAUGGGGAUCCGCGAGUUCCCCAACGGCUCGGCGCGGGGCAAAGCCGCCACGCUCGGCAUGCGGCGCUCCCCCGACGUGAGCCCCCGGCGGCUGUCCGACAUCAGCCCGCAGCUGCGGCAGCUCAAGUACCUGGUGGUGGACGAGGCCAUCAAGGAGGACCUCAAGUGGUCCCGCUCCGUGGAGGACCUCACCAGCGCCUCCGUGGGGCUCACCUCCAUCGAGGAGCGGAUCCUGCGCAUCACCGGCUACUACGGCUACCAGCCCUGGGCCGCCAGCUACAAACAGGUCUGUCAGAUCUUCGCAGUGCUUAGUCUCGUUUUCAUGCCUUUCCUGGGUCAAAUGGAGCUGUCUCUUCCAUAUUCCUGCACUUGAGAAAGAAACUUCCCGCGAUUCUGCCACCAAGAGAAGCCUAGCCCUGUCCCUCCGUAGGCAUGAUUUAUGAAGAAAGUGAGACCUUGAGGGGUUGUAAUGUAUCAGCUAGUAUUCUUGCACUAACACUCCCUGUUUCAUGCCCAUCUUUCAUCUCCACGGUGGUAAUUGCAUGACUUAACAAGUUCUAAAAAUAAGUUACCCAUUAGCUGAAGUCAUAAAAAUGUUUUGGUUGUUGAAAUGCUGCUCGUGUCAUCGCAGGUUUUUUUGUUGUUAAAAUGAUCGAGCUGUAACAAAAGUCAGUUUUGCUGGGAACACUGGCUCUGACAAAGUGACUGUUUUUGUGGUGCGCUUUACUAAGUAUUAAGUGUAAACAUUCUGAAAUGUUUACUCACGGAUUAUCCCUUUGCUCAUGUGCUUAAUAAUGAAAGAGGAAGAUGCAAGAAAGCGUGGUAUGUGGUACUUGUUCAGUUUUUGUGAGCCACUUCUGAUUGCCUGAUGAUAGGGCUUUACUGAUAAAUAUUCAAAGACUUCUGAGAGAGCUUUUUUAUUAUUAUUUAUUUUUAUUUUGACAGAAAUGUCUGAUAUUUGCUACUCUAUUCACGAGGGAGUAUGGGAUUUCUCUAAGAGCAAAUCCAUUGCCUGGACUGGGAUCAUUCCUGAGAGUAAAGCUUAUUCAGGGGAUGAGCGCUCCCGGGAGUCUCCAGCCCCAGCAGAAGCACAGAUGCAAGCCGGGGCAGAAGGCGGUGGAAGGGUGAGCCGCUGUUGCUGGAAAUGCUCCGUGACACAACUCAAGAAAAUUUUCUGGGGUGUGGCCGUGGUCUUGGGUGUCUGCUCCUCCUGGUCGGGUUCAACCCAGCUAGCCAAACUAACCUUUAAGAAAUUUGAUGCACCCUUCACUCUAACAUGGUUUGCAACAAACUGGAACUUUUUAUUCUUUCCUUUGUAUUAUCUUGGACAUGUUUUUAAGUCAGCUGAAAAGCAGUCUCCAAAGCAGAGAUACAGGGAGUGCUGCCGAUUUUUUGGAGACAAUGGCUUGACUUUGAAGGUGUUUUUUACCAAGGCAGCACCCUUUGGUGUUCUUUGGACACUCACAAACUACCUUUACUUACAUGCAAUAAAGAAAAUAAACACUACGGAUGUCUCCGUGUUGUUCUGCUGCAACAAAGCGUUUGUGUUCUUGCUUUCAUGGAUCGUUCUGAGGGACAGGUUCAUGGGAGUGAGGAUCGUGGCUGCUAUAUUUGCUAUUGCAGGGAUAGUUAUGAUGACGUACGCUGAUGGGUUUCACAGCCACUCCGUGAUUGGGAUAGCCCUGGUGGUGGGCUCUGCCUCCAUGUCUGCUCUCUACAAGGUUUUAUUCAAACUUCUUCUGGGCAGUGCAAAAUUCGGAGAAGCUGCCUUAUUUCUGUCCGUGUUAGCUGUCUUCAAUGUUCUCUUCGUUACCUGUAUUCCUGUCAUCCUUUAUUUUACCAAAGUGGAAUACUGGAGCUCUUUUGCCGUCGUUCCUUGGGGAAACCUCUGCGGAUUUUCGAUUCUCUUAUUGACAUUCAAUAUUCUACUAAAUUUUGGAAUCGCUAUUACGUACCCCACCUUGAUUUCUCUUGGCAUUGUACUGAGUGUGCCAGUAAAUGCGGUUGUUGAUCACUACACGAGUGAAAUUGUCUUCAACAGUGUCCGAGUAAUCGCCAUCGUCAUUAUUGGCCUGGGUUUCCUCCUGUUGCUCUUGCCAGAGGAAUGGGACGUCUGGGUGAUAAAGCUGCUCACGCGUCUCAAGGUCCGGAAGAAGGAAGAAAUCCCCGAAGGGAACGGAGACAUCGCUUCAGGAUUGCCUAACAAAAGCCGGAGAACUCGCCCCUCCAUGUCAUCCUUUGCUCAUUAAAUGCUCUUUUUACCAAAACUUUGUGGUUAACCUUAUAUAUGAUGAUGCAAAGGUCUUUCCUUGGGAAGAAGCACACCUGUCCAACACGGUGUACAUACCUGUACAGUUUUGAUAUGAUCACCAUCUAAGGCAUCAAGUCUUGGCAUGUCCAGUUUGCUUGUACUUUUUUCACAUCAGACCUUUCACUUAAGUAGUACACUGAAAAAAACUGCAAACCAAGAACCUCUCUUCUCUUUUUAAAUGAAUGUAAUAUAUAGUCAAAAUAUAUUUGCAUAGGUUAUUUUAAAGAAUGAUUUUCAUGAAAAGCAGGGCAGACAUUUUGAACAUUAGGUACCGAAUGACGCAUUGCACACUGUGAUUUAAAAGAAAAAAAAUGCUAUGCUACAUCACAUCUUUAUUUUUUUGACCAGAGCUGUACUCUGAUAGUUUUCAAGGAACCAAAAGGGAAUCUUUAUGGGGACAGGAAGAUGGGGGGAAGAGUAGAAGGAGGGAAGUUUGGAAAUCACUCUGUGUAGGUCAGCGCGUGCCGCGCUGGAACCGGACAAAAAUUCAAGUGAUAAAAAUGCCUGCACUAAAGCACUAGAGGGAAAACAGUCUAGAGCCCAAAUCUCCUGGUACUGCACGUGACUGUAGUCCAUGUUUAAAACCAUGCAAGAGAAAUCCAGUGCCUUCUACAGAACUCUUGUCUUUAUCUGCGCAGAACCAGGCCCCGCUGCGAGACGGCGGCACUGCGGGGCUCAGGCUUGCAGCCCCGGGCACCCCGCGUCCCCUCCGGCACCGGGACGUGCCCCCCACACGCUCUGUGACUUCCUUGGGAGCGCUGUGCCCUGGGGACUGCAGGUUUGUGCGCAGGGGACCUGGUUCUCCUCCCGCUUGCACAGGUUUUACCCCUGUGUGGAGCCGCACUCGGUUAACGCUAGCAUGAGAGAGGGGAAAUGGUGGUGGUCGCGUGGGGAAAAAUCUGACCGAAAAUGCACGACGGAGCUGACGAGAGCGGGGUUGCUGAUGUACAGUCUGAGAACACGGACUGAGGGGGUGAAUCACCAGUUGCUUUUACUCCAUAAUUGUGAGUGUUUAAGAGUUAAAUAUGUAAUAUAUUUACAUCAAAUGUAACACUUUUUAUGAAACUUGUAAGCACCAGGAUGUUUACUUACGCGAUUUUGGUUCGCCAUUAAAUUUCUAUCUGUGAUAGAUCACAUGCUAUGUAAAAAAGGGGGGAAAAAAAGGUUAUAGUUUACUAUUUUUGAAGUUUACAUUGUUGCAUACAAAAUUAAAAGUGUUCUUUUGAACUGCUGCCAUAGCCUAAGGGUCCCUGCUGCUACUGAGGCCCUCUUUGUCUCAGGCAGGGGUGGCAUCCACUUCAAAACAUUUUAGCAAAUCAACUUCAGAUUCCAUUAGCUGUUUGGCAACGCUCAAUAAUAAAAGAUUUUAAACUCA